UCAUACAUCUCUCACUCAUUGCCCUCACUUGCCCGCGCAGUGCCGCCUGCUUCUCCACUACCGCCCUCGACUACUACGCUACCGCCGUAUUCGAAUCCUCAACAAAUUCACCACCAAAGCCUCACACACGACAGCAUCGCCACGCGUGCACAGCGACUACUCUGCCCGUAGGCGCUGCCAGCCAACAUGUCGGGCCCUUCCUUUCACAUCAAAAUGCCAUCACACUCCCUAUUCAAGUUCCCUCCAGACUCGGCGCCACCAGCCCUACCGCCUCCGAACGAGUUCAGCUUUGGGAACCCCUUCCCGAUCCCCGCCAAGUUAUACAACCAGGCCCUCUCAGAAAAGUGGCCCAUCACCAUCGCCUCUAUCUAUGUCUUCACGGUAGUAUCCAUAAACGCGUACAAUCGCAAACAGGGAAAUAAGCCAUGGGCAAUCAGCAAGACCUGGUGGUUCAAGGCCUUCGUGGUCUUGCAUAGCUCCUUCUUGGCCGUGUACUCCGGAGUGACGUUUGCCGCAAUGGUGAGGGCGCUGUCGCGUUCAUUCCCAGCGAUUGACAACCAAUACGGCAUCGUUGGCUUCACGGACGCGCUCUGCAAGAUCCACGGCCCGCGCGGCCUAGGCGACGCCGUCACGUACAACUCCAGCAACGACCUGUGGGAGAGCAAGAAUAGGCUCAUCCAACUUGGCUCCAACAAUUUGCCAGACUCUACCGAUGUCGGGAGGAUCUGGAACGAAGGUCUCGCAUUCUGGGGCUGGUUCUUCUACCUGUCCAAGUUCUACGAGGUCCUGGACACCGCCAUCAUACUUGCAAAGGGCAAGAGGAGCUCUACAUUGCAGACGUAUCAUCAUGCCGGGGCUAUGUUCUGCAUGUGGGCUGGCAUUCGUUACAUGUCGCCUCCCAUCUGGAUGUUUGUCUUGGUCAACUCGGGCAUCCACACUAUGAUGUACACUUAUUACACUGUCUCCGCUCUUCGAUAUCGUGUCCCUCAGUUCAUCAAGCGGACCCUCACGACCCUACAGAUUGCACAAUUCGUUGUCGGUGUCGGGUUCGCCGCCAUCCACCUCUUCGUCUCCUACACAGUUCCAGUGUCCACCCCAUACACCAUAUUCAACACUGUGCGCUCUGCGGCUUCUGCACUCUCGUCGACUAUCGACUCUAGCCUUCUCCCAGCUGCGACCACGAACGUAGGCGCCAUAAUCAAGAAACUCGCGUACCGCGCAGCAGGCCAAGAAGGGUUGGCAGAGAAUGUGCGCAAUAGCCAGGGCGAGAUUUUCGGGAAUGAGGCAGGAAAGGUCGAGGAGACCGUCAACCGUGAAAUCCGUUACAGGAAUGAGUACAAGGAGAUCCCAUGCAUCGAUACAACAGGACAGUCCUUUGCGAUCUGGCUCAACGUUGUCUAUCUUCUCCCGCUCACAGCCCUCUUUAUUCGAUUCUUUGUUCGUUCUUACUUCAAGCGGACAUCGGUAUCGGCGAAACACCCGACGCACCACCAUGCGAUUGCGAAAGCUGGCCAUGACGCUGUUCACGGCUUCAACCGGGAGCUUGAGUCGCUAGGCGAGAAUCUGGAAAAUGGAGUUGCGAAUCUGGCCAGCAAGGCGACAAAGAACGCCAAGAAAUCAGACUUCGAGACACCGGUCAAGAAUGCAGCAAGGACUGUAAAGAAUGCGACAAAUUCUGCAGCUCAGAAGGUGAAGGAGACUCAGAAUACACCGUCUAUGGUGGACGAGUUUGACGAGAAGCUGAGGAAGACCGUGAAGGAUGGAUACGACUCUCCUCCUGCGAAGCGCGCACAGGACAUGGCAGCGCAGUACGCGAAGGAUGGAAAGAAAAUUCCAGAGUCGCUGGCGAGCAAGCUGCAACAGGCGCUGAAAGAGCAAAAAGAGGACGAUCCCAAGGUCAAGGCAGAGGAGGAAGAGGAUAGCCUUCUUGGAGCUGGCGAUGAGGAAGAAGGACUCAGCACAACGGAUCCAAGGGAUGAGGGAGUGUCGUAUGCGGAGAAGGUCAAGGAAGAACCGUAGCUGUGCCACGGUCCUGGAGCUCGAGAAACAUUCAGAUGACUGGCUUGACGCGCCGUAGGAAGGGAGGUGGGCUCGGGGCUUUGGGCAAAGCAAAGCUGCUAUUUUUGACUCGACAUUCUGGUUAAAGGUUAAAGGUUGUUCUCUUCUGCAAGAUACCAAGGCCGAUUUGGAAUCUUGCAUCCUUACAGUGUAUUUUGCGUGGCGAUUGGGCUGGAUUAGAUAUGAGCACGUGCUUGUAGUGCGCGUUCAUUGAACUAUGGACGGUGGAAAGCAGUGAAGUGAAUACUAGAUAAAACCUCAAACAAAUCAGUAAUACGUGAACGAGCUUCU